AUGGCUCUUUUAGUAUUCGUUUGCGCAACCAUAUUUGCUUGGGUCUGGUUUCUACUGGUCAAAAAUUCUGAAUCAGAUACCACAACUGAAACCAGACUAGAACCUAAUCCGGAAUCUUGUCACAAUCAAGUUCCGACAACCAAAGUGCAAGAGGCAACCAGCCGGACACACAUAACACCCCAAUCUGUUAUGUGGAAACCGGAACAAGCUUCCGCCGUAUUACCUGACAGUACUGAUUCUAUGGAUAAAAAUACCGAAAAGUCGCCGGUCGAUCAUUUCCCGGCGGCGAAAAUAAGCGAAGAGUAUGUGAAAAACUUAGAAAACGACAACCAGAAUCUAAAAAACGAAAUUGGGGUAUGUCAGAAUAGGCUUCACAAUGUCAGCGCCAUGUUACACGGUGUUGAAGAGAUUGUAGAGGAGAAGGAGAGACUCCAAGACGAGGUGAAAUAUCUAAAUGAAACUGUGGCUAAGUACGAAUCGGAUAGCCGGAAUCAAGAGAAACUGGAUUCCGAUGAACUUACGCAACUCAGAGAUGAAAAUUCCAAGCUGAAAACUAAUCUCGAGCUGUCAGAUCGUACGGUGAGUCUCCAAUCGGAUGAAAUACAGAACCUGAUGGAUACGACAAACGAUCUGAACAAUAAAUUGAAGGAAACCUUAUUGCAAUACGAUGAGCUGAUGGAUAAAGACGUGGCUUCGGAAGUCGCUAAGGACGAAUCGGAUAGCGAAAAAAUUCAGCCGCUAGAUGGAGAGAAACCGGAAGAUAUCAAUGAACUUGUGAAGCAACUAAGAGACGAGAAUUCCAAUUUGAAAACUAAUCUCGAGACGUCAGCUUGUAUGAUGAGUUUCCAAUCGGAGGAAAUUAAAAACCUGACGGCUAGAACCAACGAACUGAACAACAAGUUGCAGAGAAAAGCUUUGAAAAAUGAUGAGCUCAUUUUGAAGUUGGCUACUUCACGAGAUAAGGCUCUGACAAUUACAGAUACAUUUCAUAAGAUUGAAUCGAAAUUGGAAAAGGAGAUAAACGAAUUAAAGGAUCAGUUGAACAGGAAGCAGAAAAUCUUGGAGGAAAAAGAAGCAAUUUUGAAUUCUACCCUGCAGGCCAAAAAGGUUGCCGAUGAGAAAGUCGAGGAGAUGCACAAAUGGCAGCUCGAACUUAAACUAGCCCAUCAGAAAAAUCUGGUUUUGACAAGUCUAAAUGAUCAGUUAGAAAAUGAGUUAACCGAAUUGAAAAGGACAACGGAAGUGAUACAGGCGGAAUUUCGACGCAUUUCAGAGGAAAAAGCCGCUGCUUUCGUGUUCGUGGAAAAAGUCAACAAAUUAGCAGAAGAAUCCGCACAAUUAGCCGACGAACGAAAAGUUGCAAAUGGUCUCCUUCAGACGAAUAUAACUCAACUAAAAUCAGAGUUAACUGCAUUCGAGUCUCAAAUCGACGAGCUCAAGAAAGAAAAAUCCGUUCUGCUCUGCAAUGCCUCGACGUGGGAAAUCACCGAAAAACUUCUCAGAAACGAAAUCGUCCAUUUGAAAUCUACAAUAGGAACUCAGAAUGAGACCCUAUCAUCAACGAUGUCGGAGUUGGAGCGCAUCAAACAAGAUGACAGUUUUCUAAAAAUAAGCUUGGAAUCUGUCAAAGCUACGCUCACAGAAAAGGAGAGGGAAAAUAAGGAAUUAACGUCCCGUAAUUUGGACCUGGAAAGCGAUAAAUCUUUACUCGAGUUAAAUAAUGACAACCUAAAGAAGGAGGCUGAAGAUUGCCGAGAAGAACUAGAGAGAUUAAAACAAGAGAAUCAAAAACUUUUGGACACUCAGGAGGAAACUUUGUCUUCCGUGCAAAAAUCGACAAAGUUGGCUAAAGAGCAAGUGGAGGCGCUAUCGGGAGCUCUGGCUGCAAUGCAAGAAGCAACUCAACAUACCCAAAACGCAGCUAAAGCUACGAAAACCGAACGUGAAUCGUUGAAAUCCGGUGCGACCAAAACCAAAGGAGAAGACAAGGAAAAGGGAAAUUGGAUUAAAAAACUGAUUGCCAAGCGCAAGACCCGAGAGUAUGAAGAUGGAUACGCGAAUUUGCUGGAAACGACAGGGCUCCAAAUGGUGGAAAGGGCCAAAAUUUUGCAAGAUCAUGCAAACAACAUCAAAGCAGAAGGGAAAGCGUUGAAGAAGAAAGCUAAAACACUUCCAAAAUAA